AUUGCAACAACAACAAAGAGCAAAAGACGAGUGGAGGAAAACGAAGCAAAAAGUUAACAUGACAAAAUAUGACAAGACAGUAAAGCUCUAUGCUGUAAUUCACAUUUCCAUCAGAAAAAAUAGAUGAGAUCAUGUAAAUUUGUACAUGGUUUUAUGUUUCUACUUUUCAUGGGAUUAGAUAUAUUCAAUUCAACAAGUUCUUCAUUAGCACAUUUUACGCCAUCAUCAAAUUCGAUUGCACCCGUCUUGCUAUCCGCCUUCGCCUCCGCCUCCUCGUCGUCAUCAUCCUCAUCAUCAUUUUUGUCAAGUUCAAAUGUAUUCACUGCAUCCAAACACAGAACAUUGACCCCUUUUUCAUUGAAUAGAUCGAAAAAUAAUCCAAUAUUAGACAAAACAGUCAAUAUCUACAAUAAUAAUCAUAUUUAUAAAGAAUCAUUCAAGCCUUUCCAUAAACAAAUCACUUAUACACUUAUUGAAGAAUCCAAUGUACCACAAUUUAUUGGGGAUUUAAUACAAGAUUUUCAUUUGACUAGUUUUUUAUUAAAUUAUAUUUUAAAAAGUCCUUCUUCUUCUUCUUCUUCAUCUUCAACAUUUCCAUGGAGUAAUCAUAAUAAUUUAAAUCAAAGUAAACAAUUAUUGAGCAUUGAUCUGAUUGCUAGUCAAUAUCAAAUUAUCAAAGAUAUUAAUAAUACCGAUUAUUAUUACAAUAAUUAUGAACAAUUACCACGACUGUAUUUAUUUCCAUCAAAUCAAUGGAGUUCACAAUAUUUUCAUAUUAAUUAUCAUAAUGUAUUUAAACAAGAAUUAAUACAAAUUAAAAAAUUAGAUCGUGACAAUUUAUGUCGCCUGGAUAGUUUGAAUAAAAGUCAAGUAUUAAAACAAACCGAUGUGUGUACAUGUUCAAUGGAUAUUUGUUCAAUGAUCAAUACUGGAAAAACCAAUCAUAAUGAAGAAGAACAAAUGAUGCCAUCUAAAUCACAAACUAAUGAAUUAAAUCUUCCUUAUUGUCAAUUUAGUAUAACAGUUGCUAUAAAUUUAUUUCAUAUUGGUAUGGAAAUUUUGACAGUGAAUAUCAAAUUGAUUGAUUUAAAUGAUAAUUUCCCAAGUUUUAAACCAUUUCAUAAAUAUGAAGUGAAUUUUAUGGAAGAUGAUCAAAUUGGUACACGGCAUCAAUUACCAGUUGCUUUGGACAAUGAUAUGUGUUUACAUUCACAGGUCACUUAUCGAUUAGAAUGGAUUGAAGGGUAUUCAUCGGCGUUGAAUAACACUGAAUUGAAUAAUAAUAAUAAUGAUAAUAAGUCAAUAAAUUUAUUCAGUUUAAAAUUAGUUGAAACAAAAGGUGUACAAAUUUUAGAAAUUCAAUUAGACAAUAGUUUAGAUCGUGAACAAGUGGAACAGUAUGAAUUUCAUUUGUUAGCUAUUGAUAAUUCCUAUAGAUCGGAAGUGAAACAGCAUACAACCACUCUACCAUUAAUUGUACAUGUACAAGAUGUGAAUGAUUGUAAGCCGGAAUUUCAUUUGAAUAAAACAUUAAAUAGUUUCAAUAGUAGUGAAUUUAUUCACAGAUUCAAUGAAGCAUCAUUAUUAAUAGAAGUGGCUGAAGAUGCACCAGUUGGUCGAAUUAUUACAAAAUUUUAUGCAGUUGAUGAAGAUAAAGGAAAAAAUGCCGAAAUACAAUAUACACUUGGUUCGUAUACACAUUCUCUAACAAAAUCUUUUUUUAAGCUCAAUUCUUCAACCGGUGAAUUAAUCAUACAAGAACCAUUAGAUCGUGAAAAACCGCCAAUUUCAACUGGUCUUCAUCAUUUAACCAUUACAGCUUCAGAUCAAGGUGUACCACAACGUAGUUCAAAUCUUUUUGUUAUAAUAAAUAUAUUAGAUAUUAACGAUAAUCCACCGGUGAUUCAAUUAACUGAUGAAACUGAACAAAUCCAGAAAUCAAACACACAGCAAUCAUCUAGCAUUCAAUCUGUUCAUCCAUUGAACAAUGAAUUAUUAAUAACUGACAUUUGGAAAUCAAUUGACAAUCACUAUGCAUCAAUGAAUAUUAGUCAUCUCACUAAUCGAUUAAAUAAUCUUUCUUUACACACGAAAAUGAUUGGUAAUCAACCUGUGAAUACAAUUGUCAAUUUUCUCAUUGUUCAUGAUCCAGAUUUAAAUGAAAACGGUACAGUUCAAUGUGAUAUUAUAAAACAAUUAUUAAUGUAUUCAGUAAAAAGUUUAAAACAAAAUGAACAAUAUCAUUCUAUUGUGUACAAUGGCGGCACUGAUCAUAAUAAUAAUCAUAAUAAUAACCAACAACCAUUUAUACUUUUGGAGCCGUUUAAUUUUCUUGGUCAAUUCAACUAUCGUCAACAGCAACGUGAUCAACAACAAAAUGCAAUACUGGAAGAAAAUGAAUUGCAGAAAUUGCCAAAGAAAAGAAUUCAAUCAGAUUUAUUAGUUAAAGAAAAGAUGAACAUUAGAAGGAAGAAGAGGUGGUGGAGAGAUAGAGAAAGAAGAAAGAGGGAUAGUAGAACAAUAAUAAGCAGGAAACGACAGGAUGCCAUAGUUUAUAAUAAUAAUAAUAAUAAUAAUGAUAAUAAUAACUUGGAUUCAUCUUCAACUUAUCGCAAUUAUCAAUUUAAAACUAAUAUGAUUUUUGACCCGGACAAAAUAUCUGAUUUAUAUGUACUGAUUCAAUGCUGGGAUUAUGGAUCACCGCCAUUAACUACAAUGCAAACAAUUCACUUUGAACUAAUUCAUCAUAAUUAUUCAUCAUCAAAACAAAUUGAAUUUCAAUUUUCACAUUUACAACUUUUAAACAAUUUUAUCGUGAAUGAUAUAAAUUGUGAUUAUUUUAAUAAUCAUUUCAAUUCAUUGCAACACAAUAAUGCAGAAGAAACAUUUCGUCCAGAGAAGAGUUCAUCAGCUGAGCAUUAUACUCUAUCGAAAAUUAUUUAUCCUACAAAAUUGCAUAGUGUACAAUUUGAAGCAAAGUCAAGUAUAUGUUUAAUAAUACAGAAAAAUAUUAAAAUUCAUCAAAAAUUAUUCAGUAUUGUAAUUCAAACAAAUUCUGAGAUGAAUAAAAAUUUUCAAAUAAUUUAUGAAUUAAUUAAAGAGAUACCUAAUGGUAAGUUGUUUUUUUUCAUGACUACUACUACUACUACUACUACUACUACUACUACUACUACUACUACUACUAAAAUUACUAAUACUAUUGCUACUAAUACUACUACUACCACUACUACUAUUACUACUACGACUCCGACUACUACUACUACUACUACCACUAGAAAUAAUUUCGCAAUUGAUUCAACUUCCGGUGUAGUUAGUUUACAACGAGAAUUUGAAAAAUAUACAAAAAAUAAAAAACAAUUAAUUGUACAAGUUUCAAAAAUUGGUUCUCUAUAUGAUUAUUCAAAUCAUCUUAGCCAGAAAAUUCAAAUACUAAUCAAUUUAACAUUGAGCUUCAUUGAUCCAUCGUUUGAAAAGUCCCUAUUCCCAACAGCAUCCACUUUACCAGAGUUAAAUAAUCCAAAUGCUCAAACAAUUAUUUAUUUACGAAGAAAUAUAUCAAAUUCAUUAAUCGAAACUUAUUCGAAUUAUACAUAUGAAUUUUAUAUAUCUCAGUCAAUCCAACCUGGAAGUGUAGUGUUACCGAAUACAAUCGUUUACUGUGCAAAAUAUCCUCAAUCACGCGUUUGGAAUUUUAAAAAUCAUAAAUGUAAAUUGACAUUGAGUGAAGUCGACGCGUCUCUGUCAACUUAUGAACAGAAAUCAGUGGAUUUCAUUUUAUUGCCUAUCAAAUUUUUGUGUAAUAAUUAUUCAGAUUUAUUAUGCAAUGGUUACACAAUCAAUGUAAUGAAUUUACUAAAACAUAAACCGGGCGAUCGAUAUGUUCUUACUUUAACCACCACUGAAUCAGGUGAUUUUCAUGCAGUGAUGUCAAAGAAUUUCAAAACAUCCAUCAAAAUUGUUCUUUAUGUCAGUGAUCAAUAUGACACUGAACAGACAAUGAAAAAAUUAUUUUAUUCGGUCAAAUCAAUACAUGAACCAUUGAAGACGUUGCUGCAUGAACUAGGUUUAAAACCACCAUAUUGUAUGACAAAUUUAUCAAUUUCAUAUAAAGUUUCACAAGGAUAUAUCAUUGUUAAAUUAAACCGAAGAGAUAAAGAAGGAGUCAUGAAAAGUGGGAAUAAACGAUUUUAUACAUUGCGCCAAAUCUGGUUACUACGUAAUGUAACCCAUAACAGUAGUAACAAUGUUGAAAAAACUAGAGAAAAUCUCCUCAUAUGGAAUGGAAAACCUUUUCUUUCAUUGAAUCCAUACACUGGAGUUUUAAGUGUAAUUAGACAGCUAUUAUUGAUGGAUGUAGGAGUAUAUAUUUUAUGCAUAGAUAUUCAAGAUUACAAUAAACCUGAACUGAUGCAUACAACAACAUGUAUUAUAUAUUUGAAUAUAUUACCAAUGGAGUUUCAUCAACAACCAGUGAAUGAUUUACCUCAUACCCUAUUGAAUCAUCCUUUUUCUACGCCCAUUACAUCACACCACUCAUCCGCUGAUUCCACAUCUGUACAGUCUUCUGGGAAUUCAUUCAGUAACAUUCCUAUACUUAGUAAUCAUGAUGUAUAUAGUAUACAAGAACAGCAUAAUAAUAAUAAUAAUAAUAAUAAUAAUAAUAAUCAGAGAUUAUCUAAUCUGUUCACUGAAACCAUGAUAUCAUUUAAAAUAAACAAACGUAUGGUACUUUUCAUUGUUACAAUUAUAUCCAUUUUAAUUAUUUCAAUCAUAAUCAUCCUCAUCAUUGUAAUGAUGAUUAUUCGUAAAAAAUCCAAAUCCAAUCAUGCUACAACCAAAUUGACUAAAUUGGACAAUGAAUAUCAUAAACCCAAUGUAAAUAUCAUUAUAACUGAACAAAAUCAAUUGUUGAGUUUAUCUUCCGAUAGAAAUGCUGAAAUUCAACUUACAUCCAUCGAUGGAACUAGUAGUAGUCAUAGUAAUAGUAAUAGUAUGAGUAUGAGUAAUUAUCAUUGUUUAACCAGUAAUCCGAAUGAUAUCAACUGGCAUCGCAGUUCCUCGCAUGAAUCAAUUGAAAUGCAACAUUGUCUUCCUACAAUUCAUGCAACAACAGUAUCAACAACCACAAUUGAUUAUCGAAAUCCAUUUUAUACUGAUAAUAAUAAUAAUAGUAAUCGAAAAUGUUUUUCCAGUACACACAUUGGAUAUAAUGGAAUGUAUUCAAAUGAACCGGUUUACACUUUAAUGAAUAUAGCUGAAGAUGAUGAACAAUUAACAAAUAUUCAUUAUUCAAUUCAUUAAUCAUUCGGA